AUGGGUCCCUGGAGGGUCAAGAAACACUUUCUCGCCGCUCCCGAUCUCCAUGAUCUAGCCACCGUCCUCGACGCCGGCCUCAAAACCCACUUCCAAGAUGUAACCGCCGUCGUCGCCCCGUGUCCCGACCUGCGCGCGCCGCCCUUCCACCUCGCGUCCAGAGGCCUCAGCGGCAACCAGCGCAUCGCCGACGUGGGCGGCCCUCCCAACCUCCAUCCGACGCCCAAGUUCGACCGGAAGUAUUCGCUGCUCGACCUGAUGUCGCUGAUGGAGAUGUCGCCCGCGAAAGGCUUCGUGCUCGGCGCUGGCGCCGGCCCCUUCCACGUCCUGGGCGUCAAUACCGAGCUGAUGCCGAACCUGGGCUACGAGGCCGGCGAGCUGGUCAACCUGACCCAUUUCGCCAAGGUCGACGAGACCACUGGGAAGUGCGUCUGCGACAAGAUCCCCUCCAACUCCACCGACUGCGCCCUCAUGGCCAAUCUGUUCGGCAGCGACGGCAGCCCGGGCGAUGUCAUCAAGAUCGUCGCCAAGCGGCGCAUAGGGGAGGCCAACUUCCUCGCCGCCAUCCAACAGACGCUCCGAGCCAGGUAUGGGGAGCGUCAGGUCAGCAUGGGCGGCGUCUUCCUCAUCAAGAGGGGCAAGGCGUCCAUGCACGUCAUGCCGGAUUUCAGCAAGACGCCGCUGGACAUGAAGGACUCGCACAAGUGGCUGCGCUUCUAUGAGAUGGAGGCCCCAAUGGUCUGCUUGACCGUCUUCCACUCCUAUGAUCCGGGUCUGGCCCUGCGCAUGGAACACACGCAUUGCUUCUCGGAUCAUGGCGAGGGCGGGCAUUAUCAUCACGAUACGACGCCCGACGACGUUGAAUACGAGGCCUAUCUCAACACGGCCAGCGUCCUCUAUCGGAUCGACCAACCUGAGGUCGGGAACUAG